CACAGUUUACAGUAGGCGUUGGUAGGAUGGCAUCAUCCGCAUCAUCAUCACCAUCAGGUGUAGUUUCUACCGAUUCGUACCCAGCAAAUUUCCGUUCCUUUAGCACCGAUCGAUCUGAUGACGGAACACCUUCAAUCGAAUCGGAACCACCGUCCGCAGAUGGAGAGCUCCGAUCAAUUCCAGCCGAAGUUCCAAAGUUAAAGUGGGAUAAGGAACAGUUUGACGUACGGCGACCGUAUGAAAGAAAAAACUACGAACACCCUUACCGAGAUCUUCCGGGGCAUUUAUCCAAGUUUGAAGGGCUUAACGUGAAGCCGCGAAAAUGUACCGUCACAAACCCAUUCACGAGACGUACGCCUAUUGAGGAAGUGUUUCACAAGCGCAACGUGAAGAGUGUUUGCCCGGCGGAAGUACCGCGAGCACUUCAGGACUGUGUAGAAGAUGUUAUUGUGGCGGAUAAUUUGAGCUCGCAGGAAAGUGCGGUGGAGGAAGAUCUGGCCGAGGUUGAGAAAGUUGCUGACAGGAGAAUUGUAUCGAGGGAAUGCUGCAAGACAUUUUUCCGUGCUCGGCGAGCUUUGCUUAGAAGUCAAUUGUUUCAAGAGUACUUCAACCGUGACCCGGCGCCAGAAAAGGCAGAUACUGUUGCAGAUACGUCUGAAGAUGAGAGUGAGGAAGGCCUGGAUGACCUACCCGAGGGUGUGUUGGAGGAGAAAGACCACUUGGAACCCAUAAUACCUGCUCACCAAGUACGAUCGAACUCAGUAGGAUCGUAUCAACCACCGACAAUAGUGCACCGGGAUGAUAAAGUUCCUGUCGUUGAAGCGCAGGAACAUUUUUUGCAACGAAUGAAAUCUAGAUACCUGCAAAAGUUUGACCGUGUAAGACAGCAGCUUGAGGACGCUGAACGGGAGCGCCAGAAACCUCCACCACCAUUCGACCCGGAACAUUACGAAGCCGAAUACCCGAAGCCUGACAUCCGCGACGAAGCUAAAGCCCAAUUUCGUGAGGCUCUUCGAAACCGGUUGGAAGAACUGAACCAACUUCAACAUCGUACGGUUCGCAAGUAUCCAACCUCCGUGAAACAGUUUGCCGCGUACAAGGCCGAAAUUAUGGAUGACCGGCGAAAGCUUCGAGAUGAGGCGUUGCUUGUGGAGGAUUACUAUCGCAAUGCAAACACCCCGAAGGAACUUCCCGAGGCAAAGCUCGAGGUGAAGCGGUAUCGAUUGGCGGAAUUCGGUGUACAUUCCGACGACUCGGAGGAUGAGGAAGACCGUGAAGCGAACGAACAAAUCAAACAAAACCAACCUUUAGUCUACCACACCUGCAUGACACGGGACGAAUGGGGCCACUGGAUAGCGCAUAGUACUAAGAUCGACAAGUUGAAGUUACCGAAAGUCAACGUGCCACGAAUUCCGGUGCUGGUGCAGAAAUGUGACGAGAGUCCGAUUCGUGCCUACAUCCAGGGACGUCUUUUCGAUAGCAAGUCACAGACAGACAGAAAACAGCGUCCCGCUCAACCAGCGAAGAUUAUCCGCUCCAUCCAAACAAUGGCGGCACGGAAAGCUAAGGUUACGAUGCGUGAUCUUCUGUUUGACCCAGCGCCCCCAUCAGAACCCAUGGAUUACGUACCGUACAAUGCAAACCUUCGGCCAUAUUCGGACAUUGCCGAGGAAAGGUUUCGUAGCACCAAAGGGCAACGGAAGGUUUGGCGGCAGCUUCGUAAAAGCCGGAUGCAUUGGAUUGAACAGCUCGUCGAUGAGAUCUGUAGCCGGAAGCGGUGCUAG